AUGAUUAAAAAUGGAUAUGAUAUGGUCUCAAGAUGCUGCAUUUCUGAAAAAUCUCAAGAUAACAUGAACCAUCUCUUAUGGGAGUACAAAUUCAGUAUUGAGGUCUGGAAUUGGGCAUGCUCUGUGUUUAACUUUACAAAACCAAAAUAUUUUGAAGAUGUGUGGAGAUGUGCUAGAAACAAAGUCCUUUGGUUAAAGAAUGCUGGAUCACUACAACCAGUUCAAUUAUCAAGGAGCUUUGGUUUCGGGAAUAAUAAAAAGAUAUUUGAACAAGUCAGACCCAAUAUUCAGAAUUUUAAGUGCAGAAUCAAGAAAACUGUAUGUGAAGGAGGACUUAGAAUGAAGGGUAAUAAAUGGGAUCAAGCUUAUGACAAUCAGAUAAUUCUAUUCUUCAAUUUGGGUCCAAGGAUGAUAAGAUUUCAGAACAUUAAAACUUGUUAUUGGAUUCCUCCAAAAGAUGGUUUUAUUCUUUUUUGUUGUGAUGGUGCUUCUUUUGGGAAUCCAGGGGCUGCUGGUUUUGGAAUUGUAAUUAGAGAUCACCUUUUCCAAGUACUGGGAACCCUCUCUGGUGGAAUUGGUGUUGCAUCCAACUACAUAACUGAAGUAUAUGUUGUGAUCUGUGCAGCUGAGCUUGCAGUGACUUGGGAUUUGAAGAAUAUAAUCAUUAACUCAUAUUCUAAAACAUUAAUCACUGAGUUUGCUGAGAAUAAGAUGCCCUGGUUUGUCAGAAUAAGAUGGCAUAAGGCUGUGAAGAAACUCAACUCAAUAACAUUCUGUCACUGUUUCAGAGAAGUUAACUUCUCUGCUGAUACAGCUGCAAAAAGAGGUGCCAAACUAGCAGCAGGGGAAAGGCAACUGCACUAUGGAAGACCUAAUUUUCUAACAAGAAUUGAAAUGCCAAACAUUGAAUACUACAGAUUUUGUUAG